AUGGGAGUUUUGACAUUAAAUGUCAUAUCCUCCGAAAGGGGGUUGAAGAAAACUAUGCAAUUUGACCCUACAAUUCUUGUAUUUGAUGCUUGCAAACUUAUUAGGGAUAAAAUGGGUCUACAGAACACGAAUCCCAGUGAGUAUGGACUAUUUCGUGUCGAAGAUGAUAACACCAAGGGAGUAUGGAUGGACGGCGGACGUACCUUAGAACAUUACUUAGUGCGCAACCAAGACCGCGUUGAAUAUAAAAGAAAGAUCAGAUUACUAAAAGUUCGCAUGCUUGACUGUUCCGUUAAGACGAUUCCAGUUGACGAAAGUCUUCCUGUGGGACAGCUUAUGCUCAAUAUAUGUGGUAAAAUUGGAAUUGCUAAUCAUGAAGAAUAUAGCUUGGUUAGAGAUGACGGUGUGGCAGGAUCGGUUGUCAAUUUGCGUGAGGAACGCACCCGUCAGGAUGGAGAUACCAUGCCUAAACAGAAGGGUCCUCUAGGCCAUAUGAUGGGAACUCUCGGUAGAAAGAAAGAACAAAAAGUAGAACAACUGAGACAAAAGUUGCAUACUGAUGAAGAGUUGGCUUGGGUAGAGCACACAAAAACCUUGAGAGAGCAGGGAAUAGAUGAAGAUGAAACCCUUUUGUUACGGAGAAAGUUUUUCUUCAGUGACACCAAUGUGGAUUGCCGUGAUCCGGUUCAAUUAAAUUUACUAUAUGUACAGUGCAGAGAUGGCGUGUUAAGAGGUCUUCAUCCAGUCACUAAAGAAACUGCUUGUGAGUUGGGUGCCCUCCAAUGCCAAAUUGAAUAUGGAGAUUUCCCAGAAAAUAAGCCGAAGUUUCACAUCGAAGGUCGUGAUCUUUUACCUAAAGAGUAUGGAAAAGAUAAAGAAAAUGAAAAAACCAUCGUUAGAAAUUACAAAGAACUAGUUGGAACCGGUGAUCUAGAAGCCAAAAGUCGUUAUGUGAGGCUUUGCCGAGGCUUGAAAACUUAUGGAGUUACUUUCUUUGUCGUAAGAGACAAAGUUAGAGGAAAGAACAAACUCAUUCCACGACUUCUUGGAGUGAAUAAGGAAUGCGUUAUGCUUGUUGAUGAAAAGACAAAGGAUGUAUUGAAAGAAUGGCCUCUUGAACAAGUUAGAAGAACAGCUUGCUCCCCAAAAACUUUCUCAAUGGACUUCGGUGAUUAUCAAGAUCAAUAUUAUUGUGUUCAAACACCCGAUGGUGAGAAAAUCAAGCAACUGAUUGCUGGAUACAUUGAUAUUAUUCUACUGAAAAAGAGAACAGUUGAUCACUUGGGUAUUGAAGGAGAUGAAGGUUCUACUAUGCUAGAGGAUAUGGUUGCUCCUGCCAAAGCUACUUUGGUUUCUCAUGGACAAAUUGGCAAUGGACAGCAUGCCCAAGAUGGACAUGUUGCUCUAAGGGGUGUGCUUCGUACGCCACAAAGCGGUUAUGGUUACGGAAUAAAUGGUGCCCAGUAUGGAGCAGUCAGUGGAGAAGUGCAAGGAGGAUCGAUACAGCGCGCUCAACGUACUCGUAUCAUCGAUACUUAUGAGCAACCUCAACGUGCUCUUAUUGGAACUAUUGAAGCUACCAUCAGAGCAGUGGACGAGGCUGAAGAAGAACUCAGUAAGGAACCUCAAAUUGACAUCCCUCGUUUCCAUGACGAUCUCAAUGCUAGAAGAUGGAUUGAUGAACAGGUUGCUGUUAACAAGGAAAGUGUCAAUGAGCGUUUGGCUGCUAUGGGAGCUGCUACUGCUCAAGUUGUCCAAUGGACUGCUGUUCAAGAAGAGUACGAUGAACGUGUAGGAACAGCCAUAGCGACCAUCGGAUCGAACCUUCCAGACGUCGGUAGAAAUGUUCGAGAUUUGGCUGCUCUUAUGGAAGAACGGAAAGGAGGUGAUCUUCUGGAAGCCACUAGAAAGUUAUGUGGUGCCUUUGGCGAUUUCUUAACUGCGGUGAACCCAGAACAACAGGAACGUCGAACAACUGUUCUUGCCGCCGCUGGCCGCGUAGGAGAUUUCUCUCAGACAGUUAUCAACACAAUGGAUGAACAGACAUAUGAGGAACAAACAUUCCAAGAUAAUCUGGUUCAAAAAGCAAAGAAUGUUGCUACCAGUACAGCUAACCUGGUUUUACAGGCGAAAACAAUCUCAGCUGAUUGCGAAGAUAAUGAUUUGCGUGACAAUGUCAUUCAUAGUGCCACUCAGUGUGCCUUCGCAACUUCACAACUCGUCGCAUGUGCCAGAGUCGUUGCUCCAACGAUCGAAACACAGGCCUGUCAAGAUCAGCUAACGAGUGCUGUGAAGCAAGUUUCUCAUACAGUUGAUGAGCUUUUGCACGAUGCUGAAAUAGCUUGCACUAGAACACGUGGAAAUGGGGAGCAAGCUUAUGGAGAUAUUCAUCAAGCUGCAAGACAAGUUACUCAAGCUCUGGACAGUCUACUAGACCAUGUAAAGUCUAGCCCUAAGAUUACUAAAACAACCGAGGAGGAGCAAUAUAACGCCGUACUUAGAACAACUAAUAGAAUGCUUGCCCAUCAGGGACCAAGUGAAGAUCUAACGCGCGAAGCUAAGAAGGUUAUUCGUCAUAGCAAAGUUCUUAUGGAACAAUUUGAACAAGAAGCUCAUGAGAAACCUGAACACAAAGAUCGCUUAAUGGACGCUGCUCGUCGUGUGGCUACAGCAACCAGCAACAUGAUUGAAGCCACGAGGGAAUGCGAAUCAAGACCUUCUGAAGCUGAAUCCGAAAUAGCUCUACGACGCGCAGCUGAACAAAUGGCAAACGUAACCAAUGAGACUACUAGCGAGAGACAAGCGAAGCAUAUCAUGGAGCGCCUGGAACAAGCUGCGAAACAGACCGCCUAUGAUGCCACUCAAACAAUAGCUGCGACAAAUGCUAGCAAGGAAUUGAUCAAAAGUAAGACAGUUGUAGAGAAUGUGGUAUAUGAAUGUACGGAGACAGCUGAACAUGUACCAAAGCUGAUUACAUCAAUCAGGGACUCUCAACAGUCUACGUCUGCUAGUGAUAAGUUCCGAGCUCAAAGUCGUCUGAUUCGCGAUUCGCACAACAUCUUACAACCAGCUACUCAACUUGUUGAGUCUGCUCGUACUGCAGUUGCUCAUGUGUCGGCACCAAAUAUUGCUGAGAAUCUUCAGCGGACCAGUAAUUCAUUGUCCACAACCUUAGCGGAGUUGAGAACAGCUCUCAACUCUGCUCAGCAACUCAACUUCAGCCAACAGUUGCAGUUUAGUGAAGAGCUGAUCAAAGAAUUGGACCAGGAGCUCGUUGAUACCCAUAAGGCUGCUAAGGCUGGCAUGCUGACACCAUCACGUGGCUCGACCGCUCAAACAUCCACAUCGCAUUUGAUGGGCGCCGUCCGUCAAGUUGGAAGUACAAUCGCUCAACUCGUUAGCUCAGCUUCUGUGCAAGACCAACAGCACUUAGGCGCUUCAGCUGUAGAAGCCGCUCAGAGUUUACGAUCUUUCGCCGGAAGCGUUUCAGAAGUUGUUAGUACGCGAACUGACAUUGAUUUGGAUGAAUUCAUUGUUCACUCCCGUUCAGUUGUACACGAUUCUGGACGAGUUUUCGAUCGUGUUCGUGAAAAUGCAGAGGUCCCCGUCUUAAGUGAAUCUGCCAAACAAGUAUCUACAAGUUUGCGAAAAGUCAUUGCCUGUUUGCCAGACAAUCAGAGCAUUGAUAAAGCCAUUCAACAGAUUCGAACAAUUAAUAUCAAUCAAAGUGUUCGAUUGCCAGAUGUUCGCCAAGCGGCAACAAACUUGGUCGAAUCCACCAGUCAGCUACAAGCAAGUAUUCGUUCUCCUGCUCACGGUGAAUCUGUCGAUGUUUUUGUCAAGGCUUACACAGACUUCCACACAUCUGUAAUUGCCGCCAUCAAAACGCAACCUGCUGCAGUAGAGCAGAAAGCCCAGCAAAUCGAACAGCUCGAACAAUGCCGUGAAGAAGCCAUCACUGUGCUUUCGCGUGCUUCUGCUGUGUCGAACGAUGCCAGUCUCACAUCAACCUUCACCCAAGACAUUCGUCACUUCACUGAUACAGUGAGUUCUAUUGUCUCUCAAGUUAGCCAGGAGCAAUCAUGGCAAAAUGCUUGCGAUUCUGCCCUACGGCAGAUCCAAUCUGUUCGUCAUUUAACGGAACAGGCUACCCUCCCUGUGAAUGAGAACAGUUAUUAUGGCAGCUUAGAUGCAGUAACUGAACAUUCACGCCAGUUAGGGGAAGCCAUGACCGGGAUAGCUCGAAGUGCUAGAGCAAUGGAUACUAGAGCUCUAUGCACUUGUGUGAGAUCGUCGGCUGACGCUCUAUGUGCUCUGGCUGAAUCUGCUUCCCAGUCCGCUUAUCUCGUUGGUGUUGCUCAUCCAAAGAGUGUCCGGGGACAAACUGCCGUCAUUGAUGCUUCAAGAAUACAAAGAAACUGCCAGCAAGUUCGGCAAAUCUGUCAACGUAUAGAAAGCCAACAAUACACUCAAGAGCAGUUACUAGAUGAUGCUACAAUUGUUGCUAAACAUACUUCCAUGUUGGCGAACCUUUGCAGAGAAGCUUCUGAUCGUUCAACGAAUGUUAAUGUUAAAAAACAUUUCAUCAACAGUGCUAGAAACAUCGCGAGCUAUACUGCAAAUUUGAUAACUUCUGUGCGUGAAUUCGAUGAGCAGAAAAGUCAAGAACGUAUGGCAGCUUGUGCCUCAACUGCUAGUUUGUUAUCUGAAUCAGUGGAUCAACUUGAGAGAUAUGUGGAUAAUCCUGAUUUUGCUGCGGUUCCUGCAAAAAUCAGCAACCCAGGACGUGAUGCCCAAAUUCCCGUUCUCGCUUCAAGUCGCCAAAUGCUUGAUGCUAGCUGUGAAAUGAUCAAAACAGCUAGAGACCUCGCCGUUGCUCCUAGAGAUAGCGUAGUGUGGCAGAGACUUGCUGAUAACAGCAAAGAUGUUUCUGAGUCCAUCAAACGUCUUGUAUCAGGAAUUCGUGACGCUGCCCCAGGUCAAGCUGAAAUGGACCGAGUCAUUCAUCAACUCGAACAGCUAAUUGUUAACAUCGAGCGCAGCGCUUUGGAGUCCGUUGGUUCUCCUUCUAGUGUGACAUCAAGUGGUGCAGAAAAAAGAAUCCACCAGCAAAUUCUUCAUGCCACUCAGAGCCUUUCUGAGCGAGUUGAUUCUCUUAGAACAGCAGCAAUCAGCAAAGGAGAAGAUUUGGCUCAUUGUGUGGAAGAACAUUGGAAUCUUAUUCAACCACUUGCAGCUAGCGCCUGUGAUGGAGCCGCAAUUGCUGUAGACUCUCAACAACAAGCAGAACUCUUCGACAAAUGUCGUACAGUGGUAGAAGCUGAACUUCAAAUGAUGUAUGCCUGUCGUGAUUCAGGAGGAAACCCUAAGGCAUUGGAACAUCACUCUCGGGUUGAUGAAUCUGCUGCGCAACUGAGAGACGCUCUUGCUGAUAUGCGCUCCACUGUUCAAAAAAUUAGUUCAGAUCAAGGAGUCAUUCAAGGGAUGAUUGAGACAAUAUCUCAUUCUAUUGCAAGUGCCGAUCAAGCCAGAGCUCCUGUACAAGGAAGUUUUGCUGACUUCCAGACGAAAAUGACUCAAUGCUUGGCUGACAUUCGUCGUACCGCUUCUGAUAUGCCUAUCGCCGAGCCACAAGCUCUUGGAAGUUUAGCCCUUAACUUGUCAGAGCGCUAUCGGUCUCUUGCCAUAGAAUCCAAUCAUGCUGUGGGAUUGUUAUCAGCUGCUAAUUUAGCUCUCAAACUGAAAGUUGCAGUUCAAAAACUAGGAACUGGUUGCAUCGAUGCUGUUAAAGUGGCCGGACAACGUCGGAAUCAUCCAUCAGAUCAGAAAAUUCAUCAAGAUCUUAAUAAGCAGUGCCAGCGUGUCAUUGAACGUGUAGAUGAAGUAUUGGCAGCACUUCAUGAAGGAUCGAAAGGAACUCAAGCAUGCAUAAAUGCCGCUAACACAGUUUCUGGCAUUAUUGGAGAUCUGGAUACUACGAUUCUUUUCGCAACUAGUGGAAGUUUGAAUCCAGCAGGAGAGCAUAAAGACUUCAAUUCUCAUAGGGAAGCCAUUCUUAACACAGCUAGAGCUCUCGUUGAAGAUACUAAAGCUCUUGUUGCUGGCGCCGCCUCCAAUCAGGAGCAGCUUGCAGUAGCGGCACAGAAUGCUGUGAGAACCAUUGUCAAUCUUUCCGAUGCAGUCAAGAACGGCGCUGUAUGCUUAUCUAGCGAUAAUGCUGAAGCACAAGUUCUUGUCAUCCAUGCUGUGCGAGAUGUUGCUUCCGCAUUAUCUGCCCUCAUUCAAGCCACCAAGAACGCAUCAGGUCGCUCUUUACAAGAUCCAGCGAUGGGUAAUUUGAAAGAAGCCGCGAAAGUUAUGGUUACGAAUGUUACCAGUCUCUUGAAAACUGUAAAAAGCGUUGAGGAUAAACAGCAGCAGGGUACUCGAGCUUUAGAGGCUGCUAUUGAAAGUAUUGGUCAGGAAAUCAAGCAUUAUGACCAUGAGACAGCUGACGGCGCCCCAGGACCAUCUGGCGCUACUCCAGAACACUUGGCAAGAGCUACCCAGAAGGUCACUGAUGCUACGACGAGAUUAGCGAAGGCUGCUCAAUCAUUGCAGCAAGCUGACAUCAUUGCUGCGGCCAAUUUCGCUCGUGCAGCAGUCAGUGAGCUUCUCAUUGUAGCUCGUGCCGCUGCUGUAGACGCUGAUUCGCCUGAAGCUCGCUAUCGAACAUUGGAUUCUGGAAGAGAAGUGGCUACGCAGGUCAGGGGUUUGUUAGCUUCGCUGCAUAAUGUUUUAACGAGAAAUUCUGACCCGGCUGCUCGUCAACUUCUUUUGGAUGCUUCUCGAGGAGUUGCUCAAGCUGUCCGAGAACUUAUUGGAUGCACAGAGCUACUUACUGGAGACAAUUGGGUCAAUCAAGCUGAUAUUACUGUUGUUGCUGAAAAUGAGUUAAUGGGAGCUGCUAGCUCUAUUGAUGCAGCUGCCAUCAAGCUCGCUGAACUACGUCCCAGACUAGAACCUAAGAAAGCCGACGAAAAUCUGGCAUUCGAUGAACAGAUUUUGUCUGCAGCUAAAUCGAUCACAUCUGCUGUUCAGACACUGGUUAAGGCAGCAUCCAAUGCCCAGAGAGAGUUAGUCGCUCAAGGACGUUUGGAGUCUAGAACAAAUGCUCAUGCUGCUGAUGAUUAUCAAUGGUCCGAUGGUUUGAUAAGUGCUGCACGGUAUGUUGUUGCCGCAGUGCACCAGCUAUGUGAAGCUGCCAACGCGUUAGUACAAGGACAAGCUGGAGAAGAGAAAUUGAUUUCGGCUGCGAAACAGGUGGCUGCUUCAACUGCUCAGCUAUUGGUAGCUUGUAAUGUCAAAGCAGAUAUGGAGAGCCAGGCUAAACGACGACUCCAAGCGGCUGGCCAUGCUGUUAAAACGGCAACAGAACGACUUGUUCUGGCUGCUCGUAAAACCGUUGUGGAAGACGAAAGAAAUUUCGUGAUUACGGAUAGAAUGGUUCACGGUAUCGCUCAAGUAAUGAAUGCGCAAGAGCAAGUUCUUAAAAAAGAAGCUGAGCUCCGUGCUGCCCGCAACCAACUUGCUUCAUUAAAUCGAGCUCGAUACGAACGUGGAGGUUCUCCGCUUGAUUAA